UCCCAUAUAAAUACAACCCUCCGUUUAAUUCCCAAUUUUAUUUUAUUUUUGUCUCCCCUCAUUUUGCCGCCAUAAUCACAUCCUCUUUCUCUCAUUCAAAGUUUCUCCUCAUUCUACAAAACCCCUUUUUCAUUUCCUAAAAAUCCAAUCUUUUUGCAAAAUGGGUUUUUCCAAAAAACACCAAAUUGAAAUCGGAAAUCAGCAGGAAUCACCAGAGGCCCAGAAAUGGGUCAUCGCCGGAAUCGCAAUAAUGGCUCCAUUAAAGCAAAUCAAUACAAAGCCUUCGCCGUCGCCGUCGCAGUCGCCGGAGACGAUUGACGAAGAAGAAGAAGAAGAAGAAGCUGGAGGCGCGAAUUCCACCACACCGACGGCGCGUGAGUCGAGGAUACCGGAGAAGCUUCCCUGCCCACCGGCGCCGCGCAAGCGCCGCCCCUCUCCGGCGGCGCCGACGUGCCACUCGAACGGCGGAGGUGUUAGAGAGUUCUUCAAUCCGCCGGACUUGGAAUCUGUGUUCAUUGGCCAUUGAUUUUAGGGUUUCUUCAUUCAAUUUAGCGGUAGAGUUAAUUAAUUAUUUUAAUUAAUUAACUUCCUUCCUUUGCCCUUUUCAGGGUAUGUUUUCUUACACUAAAAUUUUCCCUUUAU